AUAAUUAUAAAUAAAACAUUUCUCCCUUCUUUCAAAACGAGGUUGCAUAUUUGUUUACGGAAGUGCUUGGUAUGUUGACCCGGAGAACGCUGCGAAUAAAUUGAGAGAAUGACGUGCGAUGUUCAGCUGUUCUCUCAAGUGCGGUCCUACCUCAUGUCGUGCAAUGACGAAAAUUUACAACGAGGCCAGAGAAAGCCAGAUGCCUUCAUUCUUUUCCAGUUCCCUUCGCAAGCCAAACAUAAAUAUGAUGAGGUGUAUCCAGGUGUAUUCCUCGGAGACAGAACGGCCGCAGAAGACAAACGUGAAUUAAAAUCGUUGGGUAUUACGCUGGUAGUGAAUGCUGCGCAAGGAAGCAAGUUCAACCAGAUUAACACCAAUGCAGAGUUUUACACAGAUGUUGAUAUGAAGUUUCAUCCCAUCCCCGCUCUAGACAUUAUGACGUAUAAAAUCAACAAAUAUUUCAAAGAUGCCGCUGAAGCAAUAGAUAAAUGUCUUUUGUCCAAAGGAAAGGUGUUUGUGCACUGCCAACAAGGCAUCAGUCGGUCCGCGGCUAUCGUGCUGGCGUUCCUCAUGAUCAAGCGAGACAUGGAUGUGAUGCAAGCAGUGAAAUCCGUCAGAGCAAAGAGAGAGAUUUUCCCAAACGAGGGCUUUUUAAAACAGCUCUGUGAACUUGACGAAGAACUCCACAAAGCCUGUUGAUUCGAAUUUUGGAACAAUUACACUGUAAUAUAUAUAACUAAGAAUACGGGUACACACCAGGCAUCGCUAGGCUCGUGGAGGGGAAAAGGGAGCCACCAGCUGAAAGAGCUAGGCCUCCCGAUUUUUGACCUGUUUCUUUUUCUAUUCUAUUAGGCCAGUAUUUUUUUAGUAUUCGGUUUACGAACCCGCCGACGUAAAUUUUGCUCAAAUAAAAAUAUAAAAAAGU